CUGUGUGAGAGGGAGAAAAUCAUUCGUCCAUUCAGUCGAUAACGAGACUCGACAGAAGAAACUCUUCUUCUGAAAUUUUAACUAUAUAUAUAUACAUAUAUAUUUAUUCGCGUAUAUAGAUAAUGGAUCUGAUUAAUUAUUUUCACUAUUAUUUUAUAAUUCACAGAUUGUUAAUAAUUUUUUCAAGUUAUUAAAAUUAAUAGUGACUUUUGCAUUUGAAUAAUAAUAAAAAAAAAUAAUUUAAAUAUUAUAGUUAAUUCUGGUUUUUUUUUUUUUUUUUGAUGAACCAAAAAAAAAAUUGUUUUAUUUUUUAUAUUUUUUAAUUUUUUAAAUUAUUUUUACCAUCUUAGGCGACAAGUAGGAAAAUUGAAAAUAGUAUUUAUAUUUAAAUUAUUCGAAAUUUUUCAUAUUUUAUAAGACAAAAAGGGGAAAAAGAAAAGAAAAAUAAUAGAAAAAAUAACGAAGUGAAAGUUUUGUCGAGUGAUUGAAAACAGUGAAGGGAUCUUGUAAUUUUUAAAAUAUAUAUAUAUGAAUAAAAAGAUGGAAUCCAAAGAGGUCAAGAUGAAAUCUAAUCUCGAUAUCAAAAGACAAUCGAAAGGUAAAGGAACUUUUUAUCAGUUACAGAUGUGCGUUUUAGCAAAUUUAUCAGUUAUGGGACCUUCAAUGGGAUUUGGUUAUAGUACCGUUGCGCUACCACCGCUUCAAUCUCCAAAUAGUGAAUUUAAAAUUAAUGACAAUCAAGCUUCAUGGAUUGCUAGUGCUGCUGCAAUUUCAAUUCCAUUUGGAUGUUUUAUUACUAGUUUUGUAAUGCGAAGGGGUAGAAAAACUUCACUUUUAAUAAUAUCAACCGUCUCAUUAAUUGGAUGGUUAACAAUUUAUCUUUCAACAAAUGUUGAACAAAUAAUUAUUGGACGAAUUUUAUCGGGAAUUUCAACUGGUUUAGCAACAGUGCCAACGACAGUUUAUGCUGCUGAAGUGUCUUCGGCAAAAUGGCGAAGCACUGUUGUUACAUGGACAAGCAUUGCCAUUGCUGCUGGCGUUCUAAUUGUCUAUAUUUUUGGAUUUAUAUUUCCGGAAAAUUGGAGAAUGGUAGCACUUCUUUGUGCAAUUUUUCCUCUUGUUUCAUUUAUUAUUACUGCAUUUAUUAUGCCCGAAUCGCCAAUAUGGUUACGUGAAAGAGGUAAAUUAAUUGAGGCGGAAUUAAUUUUGAAAAAAUUUCGUGGCGUUCCAAAAGAAUCGCCACUUCCACCUGAAAUUGUGGCUGAAUUUGAGGUGAAGCAUCAUCAUCAUAAAAAGAAGAAUCUUAUGAAACAUAUUCUUCGUCGCACUGCACUUAUACCGUCAUUUAUUUUAUUGGGAUAUUUUUUUUUUCAACAAUUUUCAGGUAUUUUUGCCGUUGUCUAUUAUGCAGUACAAAUAUCAGAGGAUUCAGGUGUUAAAAUUGAUCAUCAUUUAAAUGCAAUUUUCAUUGGUGCAACACGUCUUAUUGGUGCAUUUUUAGUUGCAUGGGCCUCGCGUCGUUUUGGACGUCGUACUCUUUCAAUUUUAUCAGGUUUAGGAAUGACCAUUUCAAUUGGAUGUCUUUCAUUUUAUCUUUUUCUACACGAUCGUGAUUACGUGACGUCUGAUGAAAACAUUUUACCAGUGAUAUGUCUCAUUUCAUACAUAUUCAUGAGUACACUUGGUUUCCUGGUGUUGCCUUUCGCCAUGGUGGGCGAGCUUUACCCCUCCAAGGUCAAGGACGUUCUCUCUGGAUUCACAACAUGCAUCGCUUAUAUAUUUAGUUUUAUUUCCGUUAAGGCAUAUCCCGAUAUGAUUUUAAUUAUGGGUAAACAUGGUAUAUUUUGUUUUUAUGCAUUAUUUUCAUUGUUUGGUACAAUUUUUGUUAUUUUCUUUUUACCUGAAACAAGAGGUAAGACAAUUAAAGAAAUUGAAAAUAUUUAUGCAAAAAAGACAAUAAGUGAAAAAUUUGAUGAGAUUAAUGUAAAAGAGAAAAUGGUACCUUGAU